UGCAGUUCACCAUUGUUGCCAGACAUGGGUGGACACAGGGACGCGAAAGUAGUGAUCAUAGGAUGUGGGAUAGCUGGUAUAGCAGCAGCACAUAAACUGGUAAAAGCUGGUUUUCAUCAUGUGCGGAUACUGGAGGCGACAGGAAGAAGCGGAGGACGAAUAAAAACAGGAAGGAUCGGUCGGGAGCUGAACGCUGAGGACAUCUUAUCUGCUCAGAAAUUGUUUUUGGAGCUGAUAAAUGAAAGUUCCGAUUUUCAGAGUCAAAGAGGAGAACCCUGGCCCAGUGUGGGAGAUUUCUUACGGGCACAGGUGCAACAGCAUGCAGCAGAGAAAUGGAAAGAUGUUGAUGAAGCCACCAGAUCUCUGCGACUCUGUGUGAUCAGUAACAUGCUGAAGGUCGAGUGCUGCGUCAAUGGGACUCACAGCAUGGAUGAGGUCAGCAUGGGGGCCUUUGGCCUAUACAAGACUCUACCUGGACUGGACUGUACAUUCCCAGGCCGAAACAUGACAGAAGACUACGACCAGACAAUGGACCCAGCAGCUCACAAUCCCUCCGCUGAGCUCCAGGAGGACAUGAUUUACGCGGUGGAGUUUCUUUGUCAAGAGUGGUUUGCGCUGCCUUUCAAGGAAUACCAAGAGGAGUUAGCUCGCCGGUUGCAGAGAAUGAUUUCCGGCCUCCCUUGGUUAUUCGGCUCGCUACACCCACUCAUUCAGGACUUCCUCGUUACCACCGUACAUGUCCGCCCUGAGCAGCCACUCCUGUAUGAAGAGCCGGAGGAUUUUCAGCUGAGUCCGCUGGAGGAUUCGCAGGCCGACUCGUCCCCUUCCUCUUCCAGGAGAAAGCGGCGUUCACGCCGCCAUCGCUCCACAGCAGCUGAGCAGACAACUUUCGUUGCCCAGUACAUAAAGUUUGAGAUUCCCGUUUUAGACAGCUUUGUAGAAAAACUGAAAGAGGAAGAGGAACGUGAAAUAAUCAAACUGACCAAAAAGUACAGUGCCCUGAAAUCUAUGAUACUGCAUCAGCUUGAAGACAGAGCUCACACUGAUGACAGAGCAUGAUUGUUUCUAUAGGCGUGUGCUGAUGUGUAAGGGGAAUGGGUGGGUGCAACACUAAUGAUUGUUGUUUUAGUAUGGGAAUAGUUCUAUAUACUUUAGUGAAUGUAGAGGUAAAGGAGAAAAAGUGAGUCACCACUUUGUAUCAUCUAUUCUGUCAAUAUUUUUACAACUAAGUGCAUCACUGUUUUUGAUAUCUUGUAUUAAUAUAUUCACAUUUUGUAUGAAAAUCUUUACUGCACAUAUGGAUAUUUAUACUGAAGCGUUUUGGUAAUGUUUUCUCUGACUUGGACCUUUUAUCUAAUAAAUCAGCUUUAGUGUUGUCCUUCAAAAAUACUGCUU